CCAUGGAGGGUCCUGUCCCCCUGGACCGUGGGUUCACCCCUCCCCGGCGCCAGGCAGACUUGGCCACGUGUCCCUCCCGUUUCACCCAGUCCCCUUGGCCCUGCUGGCGGCUGCUCACGCCAUCCCCAGCACAGCCCUGCUGUUUGCCCAGCCCCGGGGCUGGGCUUUUCCCAGCACGGCCCUGCCAUCGCUCUGCGAACCCGCAGAGCACCGAGGCUGCCGGCCGGGGCUCUGCUGCCUCCAUGCUGUCCCCAGAGGGUUUGGUGGCCGCAGCCACAGUGCUCGUGGUACUGGGCCUCCUGGCUUGGUGCCUUUGGGAAGGGAGGCUGGAGGUGCCUGGAGACUUGGCAGAGGAGGAGGAGGAAGAGGAGGGGAUCCCCUUCAUGGCCGAGGAGGGCUCAGGGCGCUGCCGGCUGCUGUGCAAGCCCUCGGCUCUGGCCCAGCACCUGGUGCGGAGCUUGGGGCGGUCGGCGGCGCUGCGGGGGGGACGGUGGCCGUGGCCACGCUGGCCUCAGCUCCAGAUGCUGCAGCAGCUCCUGCAGCCGCCUGAGCCAGAGCCAGUGGUGGCCCGGGAGCUCCUGCAGCUCUCUGAUGCUGGGCUGGUGGCCCUGGACUGGCUGGUGGGACCGUGGGGGGCUGUGGGUGGCAGUGGGGGGGUCUCCAGCCCGGUGCUGCUACUAAUCCCCAACGCUGCUGGGAAGGUGACGGGGGGGCUGUUGCAGCUGGGGCUGCGGGCGCUGGAGCGGGGCUUCAUCCCUGUCAUCUUCAACCGCCGGGGCCACAACGGCUGCCCCCUCACCACCCCCCGGCUCCAGCCCUUUGGAGACCCCGGGGACCUGCGGGAGGCCGUGACCUACCUGCGGUGCCGGCACCCCACUGCCUCGCUGCUGGCUGUCAGCGAGGGCUCAGGCUCGGGGCUGCUGCUCGCCUACCUGGGGGAGAGUGGCUCCUCCAGCCGCCUGGCUGCCGCCGCCUGCCUCUCCCCCAUCUUCCGUGGCCGGGACUGGUUUGAGGCUGCGAUGCCCUGGCUCUACGAGUGGCCGCUGCUUCUCCACCUCAAGCAGGGAUUAAGCAGGUACGCGGGGUCUCUGGCCGAAGCGGUGGACAUGGACAGGCUGCUGGGCAGCCGCUCGCUGCGGGAGCUGGAGGAAUCCCUCUUCUGCCGGACCCGGAGCCGCCCCACGAGCUGGGAGGUCUACUGGGAACGCAACGAGCCCCUGCGCGACGCGGACGAGGCGGCCGUGCCGGUGCUGUGCCUGUGCAGCGCCGACGACCCCGUGCGCGGCCCCCCGGCCCGCAGCCUGCCCAUGGAGCUCUUCCGCAGCAGCCCCUACUUCUUCCUGCUGCUGACCCCGCGCGGGGGGCACUGCGGCUUCCCCCGCCGGGCACCGGGGCGCUGCUGGGGCCACGAGGCCGUGCUGGAGUAUUUCAGGGCCAUGGCCGAGUUCCUCCGGACGGAGGAGCGCAGGAAGGGGCAGCCGCGGCUCCGCAGGUGGGGGGGCCCCGCCGUCGAGCCCCCCGUGUUCACCUGGCAGAGGUCCUACACGCGGUAGUCCCCCUUCCCCGGGGGGCUCAGAAAGGCAGGCAGACACUCCGUGUACUAAAAUUACUUUAUUACAGUUGAUUUUUUUUUUUUUAACAUUUCCUUUGCUAUGAUACAAAGGAUACUUACAAACAAAAUAUUACAUAUGACCUUAUUUUUUUUUUCUCUUCUCUUAUUUUCUGACAACUUGGUAACAGCUUUAAAUGCACAAUCUAUACAAUUAAUACAGGUUAUAUAUGAGCUAUAAUGUAUGUUGAACCAGAAGAAUACCAGAAUACUGACAAUAUACUGUACAUUAAGCCUUACCAGUUAGUGCUCGUGGCAUUUUCUACAAGAAGGAAAACGCACACCUGUAGAUUCACUCAUACCAGCUGGUGCUACCAGACACGGAAGCAGGAAGGAGUUUUAAUUCCCCUGGUUAAAUCCUUCGUGGCCCAUCACCGUGGUGCUGGGCAUGGAAACCUCAGACCAGUGUUCAUAGUAAAACAGCAGAUAUGUGUGUGUUUUUUCUAACUAAUGCUCUGUGGCACAGCACGGCGGGGCCGGGCGCCUUCCCCCGGCAUGGCCUUGGCCAUACCUGGAUGAUGCCCCAGAGCAGAUGGCCACGGCGCUGGGGCCGGGCGCUGGGCGAGCUCUUGUCGGGGAGCUGGACCUCCUUAGGGAGGGGAGAGGGAGAGGAGGAGGAGGAGGAGAGGAAAAGCAGCAACAGCUUUGCUGUCAUCAGCAGGCAGCUCUUGGGUUUGUGCACAUGGACAGGCGGGUGCCGAGGGGGGAAGAGCAAGCCCAAGGCACGGCGCUCCCCGGCACGGCUCCGAGCCCGGCCACACACGGAGCUCGUGCCCAGCAAACCCUCCGCGGGGUUGGGCAGGAGCUGCCCUGUGGUCACCUCCUCGCCAGGAAAGGUUUGCUUUUGUUUUGCAGCCAAAGCCAGAGGUGUGUGGCUACAGGUGUGCACUUCCCCUCCUCCUGCCGGGGUCUACAACGCACUGAUAAGGUUACAUUUUUGUGUUUUUUAUUUUAUUUUUUUUUCUUUUUAAAGCAAUCAGCAAGUGAAGCUUUUUUUUUUUUUUUAGUUGACUGGCAAAAAGACCUGGCAUUUGCACAAAAGCUGCAAAUGGAAAAGAGCCAUCCCCUCCUCCCACCCGCUGCAUCCUAGCCCAGAAAAAUCCCAAACUGUUGGCGGAAGAAAGGAAAAAAAAAAAAAACACAACAGGGGUGGAGGAGAGGAAAGGGAGGGGGGAACAGGUUGGAAAAUACCAGGUUAGAGUUAACAUUUCAUUGACUUCACACAAUGCUUGUGCAAAAAGAAACAACUCCCCCCCAAACAAACAAAAAACCCAAACCCAGAAACAUGCUGGAAAUAAUGAAAACAAAUGGAAAGUAAUAUAUAAAAUUAAAAAUAUAAAUAGGAUGUCUGGCUGACUGGUAGAAGAAUAGGUCAUUUAGGUUACAAAAAGGAAUAUACAUUCAAGAGGCUCUGAACCCAGUGGGGUAACUGAUGUUAAACUUGUGUUAAUAGUUAGGCUAGAAUUCUCAAGUUUGUCUUUAAAAUCUUCACAAUACAAGCAAGCUAUUUUUAAAAAAUAUACACUAUACACACCUCACACAGCUUCUCCUAUCCGUAUUACACACGUUACGCUACCCUCCCAUCCACUACACCGAGGGGGGUGUCCCAUGGCCGAGGGGCACAGGGUGGUCCCCCCAUCCCAUCCUGCCGGCCCCGCGGUGGCGGUGGGGCAGCAAUGGCUGCGGGGCCGGGCAGGUCCUUGGCCCCUCCACAUCUUUACCACAACCUUCUCAAGCAUUUACAAGUCACCAAAGGGCUGUAGACUUUUUAUGUUAUACACACUUCACUUUGUAACGUUAAUUAUUUACAAUCAGGGCUGCCCCCCCAUCUUUUAGCUGUUUCUAGGCAGGUAAAAAAAAAUGAUCCUGUUCCAAGCAAGCAGGGGGAAGAGCUGUGGGGGGUUAGGAGGGAAGAAAAGCUGAAGAAAGGAAGCGGGUGGUUUGCUUGCCAGAAGCCAAACCCGUACGUGCACGUCUGCCUCUCCUUCUCUGAUCCUUGAAUCCUUACAAGCUCCUGUCCCCUACAACCUCCAGGACAACCAGACCCAGAGAGCACGGCCUCACCGGCGCUCAAACUCCUCUGCUCGCAGCUUCCUGGGAUGUUCAGCACAGCUAUUCUCAACUCACAGGCUUGCCUCUGCUACCUGACACAGAGCACAGGUCCUGACCAUUCCUAGGAGCCCACCCCUCACUCAGUAGCAGCUCUUGCAGUGCAAGCCAACUGCAGCAGGGCAGGGACAUCGGGACCCCCACAAGCCACCGCACUGCACCCCCAAACUUGCCCUUGGUGGCUGCCACCAGCCACAGUUGGGCUCUGACAGAGCUGUGCAGAGGCAGCGGCCCCUGACUUCAGCUCAUCAACAACCCUGCACUGAUUUCUGCACUCUGCUGAGCUCAGAGUUGCCAUAGAAAUGUGUGAUACUGGCACUAAAAGCAGGCAACGAUCUCAAAUUAAAGUCUUUUUUUGUUUUGUUUUUUUCCUCCAGUAGACUUAGAUGAACUCGGGUUAAAGACAAAAGCAGUCGGAAGGGGAAAACAGAUCAUUUCUAGAGAGAUUGAAAAAUAUAGUCAACAAGCCGGUAUUAAACUGCAGCAAAGAACCUGAACUCGGUUCCUGUUGAGUUCAGCUCCAGAGCAAGCUCCAAGCCACCGCUCUGUCCCUCGCACUGCCCUCCGUACGGCACACGACGCCCAAGGGAAGGAGAUUCCACACAGCCAACACGGAAAACCCGGCCGAAGGCUGGAAGCCGAAAGCCCUGGCUGUUGGCCUCCCCAGCUCGAAAUAUUUAAGCACAAAUUCCUUACAGCAUCACUGGACAAGUCUCGGGGAUUAGGUGCAUGCUGAACUACGACUGGCAAUUACAGUAGCUUUCUGCUAGCUGGCACAUACUGUAUCUAUAAAUUUUAGUACAAAAACUUAAAAAAUACAGAAACUAGGUCAAUUUGUUAACUACAUAUUUACAGAUAAUUACAAUUCUUUUCACUGACAAUAAUUAAACUAAUUGUCAGUGAAAAUUCAAACUGUGCAUGUUCUGAGGUACCCGUACUCAAGGGUGGGGAGCGGGGCAGGGGCCGGAGGGGCGAGGUGGGGGGAAGAUCCCCCUGGGUUUGUUCACAUCCGUGGGGGCAAUGCUCAGCCCUCCUGGUUACUGGUUCCUGGACUCAGUGUGUGUACUCAGAGAAAGCAAGGAGAGCAGGAGCUGACGCUGGGGUCUGUUUUCCCUAGGACAUGGCUUUAGGAUGUUUUGAGGAUGCCAGGCAGGUGCAGAGCCAAUGGUCACGUACCAAACUGCCUUCCUCCCCCCGGGGAGCCUUUAGGUGAAGUGCAAGUAUCAAGACCCACAGCUUGGUGGUUAAGGUGCUUGUUUGCCGGCAAAUCUGAUUUACUAAGUCCCUCUCUAGCUGACAAAAGGCUCUCCUUCCCCCAAAGAAGGAGGCAGGGAUGCAGCAGACAUCACAGCUCAGCUGGCUGAACUGUGUUGUGCAACAGGAACCCAGGUUAUCUGCCACCAUCACUCCCCAGUGGGGUGAUGUUUACUAGAACCACUAGAUCUAUCAGAUUUUUUUAUUUUCUGGCUGUAAACAGUGAUCCACAACCCUCCAAGGUGCCUUGCACGUAUUUCUCAACAGACUCUGGACUCCAGCUCAAUCGACUCGUAAAAGUGCAAACUGAAACAAACACAGCAGAGGGACAGCAACCGGCAUCCCUGUCGGGGCAUCCAGCGCUCCUCCAUCCUUGGCACGUGGCUCUGGGCUCGCUGCCGGCCAGCACAGGGGUGGGAACAUCCCACAGGCAGGAGCACAGCUAAAGACAACUCUACUUGGAAAAGCGUAAGGUUGGCCCAACCAAACCUGAGCCUCUCCUAAAAAACUCGCAAGAGACCUUCCAGAAGGGACAGAGGGGAAAAUUGCUCCAAAUUUUCUGGUAGCACAAAGAGAGCCCAGGGUUGGCAUGUUGCUGAGCUGGCAGGGCAUCCCUGGGGGUAAAUACGUGAUCUGACACCUGCAAGAACCACCUAUCCUGCAAACUGCCAGAUGCCUCCCUACGAUGGGGUCUGCAGAGGACAAAGGAGAGGGUCAUAAGGGUCUUCACAGCUUGAGGAGCUGGUGGUGUCCAGCAUGGCACUCACCCCUCUACUAUAAGAAAGAGCCAAGAUUUACUAGAACUGCAGAGCAAGCACCCAGGAGAGGAACAAGGCCAUCCACUGCUGGCUGGACUCAAGUGACAAAGCACGCAGGCCUAAGCAGAAUAAAGAAUGGACCAAGAGCAUCUGUGUGUCUAUAUAUGCACGUACAUAUUGUACACACAGAUGUAUUUUAAAUCUUCCAAUUUAGCUUCUCUUUUGCCCCUCCACAUAACCAAACAACCUCUAAGUAUCAGACACAGGCAAAGGUAGACGGUGUUCAGAGCUGGCGGCGGCUCGAACUCAGGAAUGCCAAAAGCCAGUGCCGGUGCAGUGUGCCAAGACCGUGCCGGGCUUGUGAUCUUUCAUGGCGAGACGCAGCUGGGGACUCUGAGCUCAGCCUGCUGAGCACUUCACCGGCCCACUCGCCGCCUCCCCAGCAGAUCCAUACAGUGCCUCCACUGCUUGCCUAUCGCUAAACCCUCUUGUUUUUUUCUCUGCUGCCUUCUGACUUUCUGGUACCCUCUGGGAGCUCCCUCCUCUCCUUCACAGCACACCCGCAGCAGCCACCUACCCUCCCGCGCCCCAGAAAAAAGCAAGCUGCAAUUAGCAGGGCUGUAUCUCAGCGAGGGUGUUCGGCUGUGCUCAGCCCCAGCACGGCCUCUGCACAUGUCGGUGCCCUCGCCCUGAGAGCCCUGCUGAGGGGUUGCUUUUGCUCACGAACAGGAGCGCUAAGGAACAGCAGAACUGAAGUGCCCUGACAGAAAUGCACAGCAUGAGGUGUGUGUGCACCUAUACCCACACACACGUACGUACAGAGUAUAUAAAUAUAUACAAAUGAGAUACCAUAUAUAUAUCCAGAGAGAUGUGCGUAUUCAACAGAGUAAUGGUAGACAGUGGUACGAUAGGAUUUAUUGCCUCUCAAGAAAUGGCACGUAAGCAGGGUCGAGGGGUGGGGAGCCUGGAUGCGAGGGGCCCUGGGGGGGUUAAAACAACACAGCAUCACCCCGGGAUCGCCCAGGCUGCACCCCCGUGCAGGUCACAGCGAGUGUGCAACGCACGUUCUUCCGGCGUGGGAGGGCUGGGUGGGACACAGAGCGAUGCCAGCCUGGCCCCAAGCCAGGCAAGGAAUGGCUGCAGGGAAUUUUUCUGUGGAAAGUUUGGUAUCACACCACAUUUAGUUCUUCAACCUCUUUGAAGCUCACAGGCUUGGAGGGAAUGCAGGUGAAACAGGGCUGUGGCCUCCAUUUCAGUGCUGCAUCCGAGGAAGAAAGCACAUAACGUUCAACAUGGAAGGGAGAGGUGGCUGCUGGCUCCCUGGGACCAUGGAGAACAAGGAAAAAUGUGGUCCCUUUCACUGAUUUUAAAUAAAAUCAAAGAAAAUUCGAAUCAGAAAAGAGGUAAAAAUGCUGGCUGCUCUGUUUUUUCCAUCUCUGGGCUAAACUACACCAGAACCUUAGAUCUUUGCAAAGGGGAGAGAAAAAUAACCACAGGAAAGAGAUUUCAGGGGUCAAGCUGGUGAUUUGAAAAUACUGCAAUAAAGUUUGCAAAGUAGUCCACACAGAAGAGUUUCCCCAGUGUUAAAUACAAACAUAAAAGAUGCAAGAGAACAUCUUUGCUGAGGUACUGGAGUAGCUUCCACAAUUUACAGAUUACAGUAAUUUUAAAACCAAAGUUAGGGCAUGACUGCAACAAGUAUAAUAUGGAGUAAUUGGUCUUACUUUUAAAAAUAGAGUUUGCAAACUGAUUCAGAGUGUUUGCAUUUCUCUAGUGCACAGUUGUUCAUGUAUCUCAGAAAUAAGCCCGAGAUACACUAAAAUUCUCAACACCAAGGGCCUCCUCAAAUACCUUCAAGGCACAGCCUGACCCUGAGUCCCUCUGGCUACAGCUAUGUAAUGGGGUGUUUUCUCUUGAGAUCAGGCUUUUUUUUUGGACAGCUUUUCUUCCCCCACAUACACACAGGGACACACACAUUUAGACCAGUUGAUCUGAAUCAGUUUUUGCAAACUAUUUUAAUUAAAAUCUUAACUUGUUGGAAUAGUCCAGGUCUGCACAUGAUAUACAUGUAAAAAUGGUUACUACACAUUUCUUUUUGAAUACAAAAAAGCCAAUAUGGGAUAGCCACCAUUUGGAUUCAGCAUUCAGUCAUGCUUGACAUUACACAAAGAGAUGGGUUGAGAGAAUUCUGUUAAGUAGCUCAAUUUAAGCCAGAGACUUUGACCAAAUUCAAACCAUAACAGAAGCAAGAAUGAACCCACUGAACUUGCAGGUAUAGCCUGUCCCCGCUGUUGCUGCUGCUGUUUGGGAUAGAGGAGCUGAACUCAAAAUGCUGUGUUAGCACCAUGCUCUGGGCACACCCUCCACACUCACACAGUGAACCCCAAAACAGUUUUGGCCUUUCAUUUCGGUUCUGUCUGUCUUUCUAACACCAGGAAAACACAGGUACCUUUCCUAAAUCAGUUUUGCUGCAUUUCAACAACACUGCAAUGCAAAAGAAUGACCCCAAAACAUCCAAUUCCACAUAAAAACAUAGCAGAGGAAAGGACAGGACAAUUCACAGCCACCACUUGCCCUAGGGGGUGACCAGAGGGUACCUCCAUGGAACUCCUGCCUCAUCCCAGGCUUCCAUCAACUGUUAGUACUACAGAGUUCCUUACCAAGGGGCUGCUCAAACAUCUUGGUAGAGUUUCCAUCUUCAGUUAGAGUGAUAUGCUACGUCAAGAUGCUAGAAAUCCCAGCUGGAUUCACCGGACACUGGCAGAGAGUUAAGGGUUGGGAGUGGAUGGUAACUCAGCUAACGAAAGAACGUCGCCCUGUCGAGUACUGAACAGCAGCGAGACACCGGAGUAUUUACUAUAUAAAUAUGUCACAUGGACAAACACAUUCGGAAAACCUCGCUUUUGAGCCCUAUAAACAUAUUAAAGGCAAAUCCUAGAGUUAGCAGCUAGUGUUUUCUUCAAGAUGAUUAGUGUGCAAGGAAAAACAUUUACAAAGAACCCUGGCUGGUCAGUCCCCAAGACGGAAAUCUUUGCCCCAAGCCAAAUUUCAUCUACCUGCCCUUCCCACAGUCCUAUCUGACCCAGACCGCCCUGGCACUGGCACGAGAGCAUGGGGGCAUCUCUGGUUCCCAGCACGAAGGGAUGACACGAUGUCACAAAGUCAUUCAGUUAUGAGACUCCCUGACCCCUUAUCACUGUAUGGAUUUCACAACCUCCUUUGCUUCCUUUCAGUAGUACAGCAGCUCCAACAAGCCCUCUGGAAGUAGUGCCUUCUCACAUGGUGUGAUAUGCUGCCAAAAUAUCACAGCAUCUCAAGGGACUGUAAAAGUUGUGAAGUAUUGCAGCAAUGAAAAUAAUAAAAAGGAGCCUCACAUGCAGCAAGAUCUACAGUGGUGAUGUGGGUUAGUCAUCAGCUGGGAAAGAGUCAUUGGCUCAGCUCCUCCUGGUACGCCGUGGCAACUAAACAUUUCAACAGUUGGCUACACACCACAUGUAAACAGGAAAUUGCAACAAGCCAAAAAGGUAAUAAAUUGGUGGAUGUAGUGUAAUAAUGAAAAACCCGAUCAAUGGCAUUUUGUGACUAUGGCAUCCUUCAAAAUACCUCUGGCAUUUGAGACUGAUUGGCUGAAAGUCUAAACAUUUC